AUGUCUUCCUCCAACACUGCCGCCUGGCUCACUGCCGCCAAAGUCCACCCCUUCGAAGUCAAGGAAGCCCCCCUCUGGAAAGCCUCGGAGAACGAAAUCCUCGUCAAGAACCACGCCGUCGCCAUCAACCCCGUGGAUGGCAGCCUGCAAAGCAAGGCCUGGUGGCCCAUGAGCUACCCAGCCAUCCUUGGCCAGGAUGUCGCCGGUGUGGUGCAUUCUGUUGGCCCAAAUGUCUCUCGUUUCAAGCCCGGUGAUCGCGUCGUCGGUCAUGCCGUGGGCAUGGCCACCAAGCGCAACCAGGAUAACGCUUUCCAGGCGUACACGAUUCUGCAGAGCCACAUGGCUAGCCAACUUCCGGAUCACAUCACCUUCGAAAAUGCGGCUAAGCCGACUGGAUCUACCCUGCUUGUGUGGGGAGGCGCGUCGAGUGUCGGUAGUAAUGCGAUCCAACUGGCUGCUGCGGCUGGUUAUGGAGUUGUGACAACUGCUUCCGCGAAGAAUUUCGAAUACGUGAAAAAGCUAGGUGCGACGGAGGCAUUCGAUUACCACAGCCCCAAUAUCGUCGAUGAACUCGUGCAUGCUUUGAAGGGCAAGACGAUCGCCGGUGCUAUGGACUGUGUCGGCUUCUCCGCCACUACUCUCACCGCAGAUGUCAUUUCGAAGCUGGAGGGUCGCAAGUUCAUCGCCUCUGUAAAGGGCUUUUCCGGGGAGUUGCCCAAGGAUGUCACCGUGAAGAGUGUGUUUGCAACAACUCUCAAGGAUAACCAUGUCGGUAAGGCGAUUUACGUCGACUUUCUACCCAACGCAUUGGCAGCUGGGACUUUCGUGCCUGCCCCGAAUCCCAUGGUUGCUGGAAAGGGCCUGGAGAAUGUUCAGGAGGCGGUUGAUCUCCAGGCUAAGGGUGUGUCUGCUCGGAAAGUGGUUGUUGUUUUGUAGGACGAUGAAGCAGUAGUUAGGGUUUGAUACAUUACCGUUUAUUUUGACCACGGGAUGAGUCCCAGUGGACCAACAUUGCGCAUAACGAAACAAUGCUUUCAACGCAGCAGUUACUUAUAUAUAUCCGAAGACUUGGCACUAGUCAUCCAAUGCUAUUCUUUUU